GAGUCAAGAAAAAAUAUACGAAUCGAGAAAAGAGUGCAUUUCCAGUCAGAAACAAUAAGGAAAAACUCAAAGAAUGUUAAUCUAACGCAAAGACAGUACUUGUAAAUUAGAAGAACGUGAUAAUAUUCAAUCAAAUGAUGUUAAAAAUGCUAAUAACUGUUUUCAUCCUCCUCGAAAUUAUAUCUUUUGCAAAAUCGGGCCGCGAUGAAUUUUCACACGAUUCGUAUGCAGAAAAACUGGAGAAUUUAGCGACAGAAUCGAUAAAUUCACAAGAUGCUCUAACAUCACUUCAAUUUCAACCAAAAACCUUAGAUUUUCUUCAAAGAUCUAUUGGUGAUCCACAUAAUCAGGUGGUUAUAUUGUUUAACAAACACAAACAUAAGAAAGUUUAUCUGGGAAGUAUAACGGGGAGUUCAUCAGACUUCUACAGUUCAUUCUUCGAGGAUAAAGUGAUACCACCUGAAUCGAACACAACUUUUAAAGUUGUUUUCUUACCCCGACAAUUAGGCGAAACAAAUUCGUCGUUCAUAAUUCACACGUCAUUUGGCGCUAUAAAUUAUCAAGUACGGGGCAUUGGAGUCGAAUGUCAGUAUAAGUUGCGACCAAUCAUUGGAAUAAAAUUACCACUGAAUGCAACAGUUUCUCCUGAGAUUCAACUUUAUAAUCCGCAUGAUUUUGCUUUGCAAAUAUCAGAGAUUUAUAGCAGCGGUGGUGACUUUCAGUUGGAACUGCCGAAUGUCUCAUCAAGUGGUCAGGAAGGCGACUAUAAGUUAUGGGAAAUUCCACCUUACACAUCAAAGCCAAUUAUUCGUGUUCGUUUCCAUGGCUAUCGUGCUGGAAAUCAUACAGCAUAUGUGAGAAUAAAAAUAGCAGGUACAUCACAAAUGGAUGAGAAGAUGCUUGUCGUUCCAAUCGAAAUUGAGAUUACAAAUGAGACAGGAAUUUAUUCACAGGUUCCACUUCUUGAUUUCGGAACGGUGGGAGUUAAUGACGGCGUAAGAAAAUACGUUUACAAUCUGUUAAAUUCAGGAUCCACAUCAAUCAGUAUCAAGAAUUGGGGCGUUGAAAGUGUCUACGAAAGCGUCAAAAGUUCACAAUGUGUCAACGUUGAUGUUGUUCAGUUUAGUCGACGAAAUUUCACAGAUCAUUUCACUGUCGAAAUCGAUUGGUCAAAGUGUUCGAACUUACCGAACGUUGUAAGUGGUCACAUUUUCUUAACCGCCGAUCAAACGAUCGAUGAUGAAGUCAAUGAGAUAACGUACAAGAUUCCUUUCUUCGGACAAGUUAUUGACGGAAAUUUAGGUUUCAAACCAUACGACUUAAUGUUUCUAAGGAGUGAUAAGAAAACUUACGAGACGUCGAGAUCGAUUUUAGUGAAAAACAAAUACAAUGUUCCAUUGGCGAUAACGAAUCUUACCGUACCUGAAAGUUCCAGCCGCUAUUUUAAACUGACGGGCUUCAAACCGUUUGUUCUUCAGCCGGGAAGCUUUGCCAAGUUACUUGACAUUCAGCCCUUAAGCAUUCUUCAGAUUUUUUUCAAUCAAACAACACUCGAAGAGAGUUUUCGUAUUGUUACAAAUAUGACGUAUUACGACAUUCCAAUCACGUCUUAUACGGGCUUACUUCGUCGAAUUGUGCCAGUUGAUUUCGCACGCGAACGCUCGCAAAUUGAUGAGAAAGCGUUGAACUUUGGUGCUCUCUUGCCUGUGUCAAAGAACUCGGAACUUUUAAUAGCAUUUGUCAAUGAAAAUCCCAUUCCAAUUGACAUCAAAGACUGGCGAGCUGACAUAACAAAUGGAAAUGGACCUGCACAAAUCACAAGCUUACAACGAGGCUGUAGUAAAAUGUCAUUAGACGAUCUCGUGUUUUGCAAUCCUGUGAAGCCUGGUGAAUGGAUUGUGUUUGCGAUAUCUGUGAAGUCAUCAGUCGUUGGAUCAUUUACUGGAAACUUUUGGGUAAAGACACAAUUCGAAGACAUCAUCACACCUGUUAAAUUCUCAACGGCCAUGGGUCGUCUCGAGCUCAAAAGUAAAAUGAUUUUCGACGAUUGUUUUCCGGGCAAAAUUUGUUCACUGAAUGUUCAAGCAUACUCGACUUUUAUGAAAAAGAUGUAUGUUGAAGGGAUCGCUGUUGAUAUGGAUGGAAUCUCUUAUGAGUUUGCUGUUAAAGGACCGAAUGAACUGCCAGAGAUUCUGCCAAAUAUUGACACAGAUGUCGGUAAAUUGUUCUUUAAUCCAAAGGAUGUGCUGUGUAAGAAGCGUUCAACAUGUUACACAAGUUUCGAUGCUUUGUCACGUCCACAUGGUGAAGCUUGGAUGAGAACGUUAACAAAUUUCACUGCCUACAGUUUAUGGGACAAUGAAAGAAUGAAAAAUCAACUAAACAGUUUCAUGGAAGUUAAGCAGAGUUUAAAGCAAAUGCAAUUUCGUCUAACAACAUCACAAAUACGCCGCUAUGAAUUCAACGCAUCAAUUAAUUUUGUUUGGCCACGUCUGAUAAGUGGAAAUGUUGAAUUUCCUUUUGUUCAAAUCAACAAAUUGGAGACGAGAUUUAUUGAAAUCUACAAUCCAUCAAAUCAAUUGUUGUAUAUUCAUUUUGUACUUCACAAUGUUUCACAACAUGGUGAUAAAGUGACUGUGUUGCCAGAAGCAUUAAGAGACUGUCCAAAUUGUCUUCUAAGUCACGAAAGUCCUUUUUCAUUCAAUUCAAGCAUCAACAAAGAAGUCUUUAUGGAUGAAGUCAUGCCACGAUCGUAUCUGAAGGUUGGCAUAGAUUUAUUUGCAACAACGCCUGGUACUUACUCGACGCUUCUUUACAUGCGUAAUAAUUUGACAGUUGUUGAAGCUGUUUGGCUAUCAGCACGUGCUGUUGUACCACAAUUUAAGUUUGGUAAUCGAAAGCCAGGAAAUGCGACGCCAUUACAAUUUGAGAUUAGUGAAAAGCACUUAAAAUUAUGUGAGAAGAAAUCAUCGGCUGGUGCUAAUAUGCUGAUAUCAAGUAAACGAACAUUUACAGCAAAAAACUAUGGUGAAGUGCCGUUAGUUAUAAGCGGAAUGCGAGUAGAAAAUGAUUUAUGUCUUGGGUAUGGCUUCAAAGUUCUCAACUGUGAGCCUUUUCAAUUGAUGCCAAAUGAAUCGAAGAAGAUUGAAAUUGCAUUCUCACCCGACUUUACAUUGUCAAGAGUCGUGAGAACGUUAAAUUUCGAUACGAGCAUUGGUACAAGUGUAAACUUCACAUUGAUUGGAACGGUUGCAAGUUCAGCACUUGAAAUGUGUAGUAAAAACAUCCAACGACCCCAUUGGGAGCCUGAUUUUAAAAGAAACGCUCUAAUGGUGCUUUGGGUGGCACUUAUACUUGUUGUGCUCGCAUCAGCAAUCGAUUCUGAUCGAAUUCUCAAAGAACAUAUGAGAAUUAUUACGAGAGAAAAAGGCCCAAUACAACCGCCACUUGAUCUCCGACAAAUUGGUCUCGAAGCUAAUUCAGCUAUUGAUGGAACGACGACAACAUGUUUCGCAUCAACAACAAAUCAAGAACGUUUAAACAAUCUCAACAAUCAUCAAACGUCAUCGUCGCUUAAUAAUAUCAGAAAGCGACUCACGAUGACGAAGAAAAAUGAUGUGAGUAGUGAAACUUUUUUGAAUGGUCGUUUUAAUCUCAAUAAAGAAUGGAGUGAGUUAAGGAAAAAGUUCAUGUCAACAGCAAAAGUCACACCAUCAUCGAAUAAUGAACAGCAACAGCAACAACCACAAGCAACUAAAACAUCACCACGUCCUGUACGUCAUGAUAUUAAUAAAACAAAGAAUCAUCAAGAUAACAAUCCGAAAGAAAGUAAGAAAGUUUCUAUCGUAUCUGAAGAUGAUUCUUUGUCGUCAUCGUCAUCGUCAAAAGAAAAUUGUGAAGUGUCAUCAUCAAAAGUUAUUCAACAUGAAUCACCGCCGUUAAAUAAAAGUAAAAAUAAUAAUAGUAACAGUGGAAAGAAGUCAAAAGUUCAAUUAAAUGUCAGUGAAGCAUUGAAAGAUCAGAAGAAUUGUAGUCAAACACCUAAAGCAGUUGUUAAGCCACUUAAUACAAAUCAAAAUCAAAAUAAAAAUCAACAGACGGCUAAGGAAGUGAAAAUCAAUAAAGUUCAAACAUCCAACAACAAUGUAACGCCAUCAAAUGCUAAGAUAAAUAACGGUGAUCUUAAAAGCCAUUCACCGACAUCUAAUGCAAGUUCAUCUGAAGGAAAUCAACAACAAAAUCAUCAUCAUGGUAACAACAUCAAUGAAAUCAUUGCUGAUACUGUUGGAAAUGAUGCAAAUUGUAUUGCGAAGAAUGAGACUCAGCAGCCACAACAACAGAGAAAAUAUGGAAAAACAUCUGGUCGUGACAAGAAGAAUUUGUUAAACACGCAGCAGCAGCAAAAUGCGACGCAAAACAAUUGUAUUCAUCAAAAUGGUAUCAAUAACAUCAACAAUAACAACAAUAAUAAUAGCAAGCGUGGAUCAUCGAAGGACAACAACAACAAACAGUUCCUUUAUCGGCAGAAUAUGUCGUCGACAUUUGGGAAUGAUCGCAAGUUGUCUAAUGGCCAUCAAAAUUCAUAUGGUGGAGCUGGUAACAAUAAUUGGAAUCAACAACCACCAACAAGCGCAAUUUGGAGUUCUACAAGUUACAGCGACGUUGUUGCGAAGCCGCCAAUUGACAAUGCCACAAGCAAAACGACGACAACUGCGAAUAAUUUUGUUGGUGCAAUGAAUGGAAUGGUGAAUGGUCACAAACAUCAAGAUCAUGAUUUGAUUCGGAAUAGUUUCAACCGUGAUCGUUACAUUAUGAUGGAUCAAGACGAGGGAUCACAGUAUGGACCGAUUGGAACAAAGAAGUCACCGUCAUCGACACCAUCUUGGGAGCCACUUUCAGCUGGAAUUAAUCAUUACAGUCAACUUGCUAAGCCAUCACCUUUUAUCUCUAAUUCAACUACAAGUAGCAACAACUUGUGGUCACCAGCUUAUCGUCGCAAUGACAGUCCAACAUCGCCAUCAUCAAAUUGGUCAUCGCCAUCUCCACCGUUAGCAGUUCCACCUGGUUUUGAACAGAAAUAUCAACAACCGACAAACGCACAACCACAACAAACUCAUCAAAAUCAUUCUGCUGCUGUUGCUAAUACGCAAGUUAUACCAGCUUACGAUCCUUUCAAAUCUUUGAGCGUUAUUUGGGAGCCAAGUCGUAAUGAACGUGCUGCUGAUAAUGAACGUGAACCAUGGAAUCAAUGA